AUGAGUGCGAUGCUCUGCAGGCUCGUGGCGUAUCUGUCCGUCUCUCUGCACGCGCUCAUCUCCCCGUGCCAGCUCCACCCCCAGCCCUGUGGCAUCCUCGCGCAGAUCGGACACACCAUCCGCCUCGGCGCCGUCCUGCCCUCCCGUCAGCCCUCGCGCGUCCGGGCCGCCCUCAACCGCGCGCUCCUUCACGCCAGGAGCCGCCCGCACGCGCCGCUCUUACCCUACAACCUGAGUGUGGAGGUGGUGUGGGCGCGAGCGGCGCACGCGGACCCGGAGUCGGUGUUCCGGUGCGUGUGUCAGGACGUGGUGGUGCGCGGGGUCUCCGCCGUGCUCGCCUUCCCGCAGAGCCACCACGAGCUCGUGCAGGUGGAGUUCAUUUCCGCCUUCCUGGAGAUCCCCUUCAUCAGCAUCAUCGAGGAAGGAGAAGCGCUGCGCACGCAGAACCGGUUCCACCUGCAGAUGCUGACUCAUGUCCCUGCUUCUGGAUUGGCUGAGCUGCUUCUGUCGGUUCUGGUGCAGGCGGGGUGGCAGGGCGGGGCAACGGUCAUGUGCCCAGGAGGGAGUGACAGCAAAGUAUUAGAACACCUCCACCAGCGGGGCCGGGCCGGGCUAAACAGCUCACACUGGAAUCUGUGGGAAACCCUUGACCUUUCCAACCACUGGGCGUCUUCAACGAGCAAGGAGAAGGAAGUAGGUAAUCAGGAACAGGAAGUGAGCAAGCUCCUCUCACAACUCAUGAGCCGAACUCCAUCUGCUUUGCACUCCAGCGUGGUCGUGUUGGGGUCAGACCCGGAGUGUGUGAGCUUGGUUUUGUGUGCAGCGACCCGACUCAGACACACGCUCUGGGUUCUGGGACUGCCCCUGAACCCGGACGCUUUAAGUGCUGUUGGGGCUCCAGAAGGCCUGCUAGCAUACGGACAGACGGAGCGCAGGACGCUCAGCUCCUACAUCGGUGACGCGCUGCAGCUGGUGGGCCGGGCUGUGUCCCAUGCCAGCGUGGUGAGACCCGACCUGGCGCUCAUCCAGAACAUGGUCAACUGCUUCGACAAACCCAAUAAACACGAGGUGCUGUCAUCAGGACACUACCUGUCCAGAUUCCUCUCCAACACCUCCUUCGAGGGUCUGACAGGUCGCAUCAGUGUGCAUCCCUCCAUCUCCAGCGUUUCCACCACACACAGGUUCCACAUUUGGAGCCUUCAGAGGGACGCUCUAGGUCAGCCGAGCUGGACCACGGCGGCUGAAUGGCAUUCUGGACACUUGGAGAUGGAUAAGAAGAGCAUUUGGCCAGAUUUAAUGAAACAUGAGAUGGAUCAGAUUGUGACCGUCCAGGUAGGAGAACGUUGGCAUCCUGGACUUCCUGUUUCUGGGCACAGACUCCGUGUUGUGACUUUGGUGGAGCAUCCGUUUGUUUUUACCCGCAAGGCUGAUGAAGAUGGCCAAUGCCCAGCUGGACAGCUUUGUCUGGACCCUCAAACCAACAAUUCAGACCUUCUGAAUGAUCUUUUCAGAGAUCUGGAGGAAAAAAACAGCAGCUCAUUACCAUCUGAGAUGAUCAAAUGCUGCUAUGGAUACUGCAUCGACCUGCUGGAGAAGCUCGCUGAAGACAUGCAAUUUAAUUUUGAACUCUACAUCAUUGGGGAUGGAAAGUACGGAGCAUGGAAAAAUGGCCAGUGGACAGGGCUGGUGGGAGACUUGCUGAGCGGCGCGGCCGACAUGGCUGUCACCAGCUUCAGCAUCAAUUCAGCACGGAGUAAAGUGAUGGACUUCACCAGCCCAUUCUUCUCCACCAGCUUGGCCAUCCUGGUGCGCAGUAAGGACACGGCUGUGCCCAUCGGAGCCUUCAUGUGGCCGUUACACUGGUCCAUGUGGGUGGGGAUCUUCAUCACACUCCACAUCACUGCUCUUUUCCUCACACUCUAUGAAUGGAAAAGUCCAUUUGGAAUGACACCGCAUGGACGAAACCAAGUCCGAGUUUUUUCCUAUUCAUCUGCACUCAACCUGUGCUACGCCGUGCUGUUUGGGCGAACUGUCCCAAGCAAGACACCAAAAUGCUGGACCGGGCGAUUCCUCAUGAACCUCUGGGCCAUCUUCUGCCUGCUGGUGCUCUCCAGCUACACAGCGAACUUAGCAGCCGUGAUGGUGGGUGAGAAAAUAUUCGAGGAGGUGUCUGGAAUUCACGAUGCCAAGCUCCAGCACCCGUCUCUGGGUUUCCGCUUUGGGACGGUCCACGAGAGCAGCGCUGAAGAUUACAUGAAGAAGAGUUUUCCUGAAGUGCAUGAGUACAUGAGACACUUCAACCAGCCCACCACACCACAGGGGAUCGCGACACUCAAGACAGAUCCUCCUCAGCUUGAUGCUUUCAUCAUGGAUAAAGCUCUGCUCGAUUAUGAAGUCUCCACUGAUGCAGAGUGUAAGCUGUUGACGGUGGGAAAACCCUUCACUAUCGAAGGUUAUGGUAUUGGUUUACCUCAUCAUUCCCCGUUGACCCAUAACUUUUCGGAGGUUGUGAACGGUUAUAAGUCAGACGGUUUUAUGGAUCUGCUGCAUGAUAAAUGGUAUCGGGCCACGCCCUGCGGAAAACGAAGCUUUGCCAUCACCGAGAGUCUACAGAUGGGGAUCCAGCACUUCUCUGGACUCUUUGUGUUGUUGUGUGUUGGUGUUGUGGGUUCGUUACUCACACUGCUGAGUGAACACACCUUCUACAGCUUCAUCUUACCGCGCCUGCACAACCAACACCGACUGAAGUACUGGCUCCACACCAGCCAGAAAAUCCACCGAGCGUUAAACACAGUGUGUGAGGAAAAGAAAACAGAAAACACAAACACAAAUGUUCCCUUGUGUCUGUCAGAAGGCUGUAAGCUCCACCGUCUGCCCUCCGCUGAUCCCUCCAUCUCCUCUUCCUCCUCCAACAACAAGUGGAACAACGACAGCCCUGAAGCUACGAGCCUCGAACCCAAAGACGCUAAUCACAAGCGUGUCCACUUCAACCUGGGGAGGUUGGAUGGUGGCAUUAAGAAGCUGUUGAGGUCACAGCGGGGUAUCAGGGGGUUAGUGGGCAGCCCCCCCGCUCAGCUGUGUGCCAAUGGAGACACAGCGUCAGGGAUCAGCCUGGUCCUCCUGCCCCCUGCCUGCCCCGCCUCCUCUCGCUCCUCUCUGUGGGAGGGGGAACUUCAGGAGAUUGAGAGCAAGAUCGAGGAGUUUCAGGGGAACCUGCGCGUGGCACUGGCGCGGAGAGCCGAGAUCCAGAGGAACCUGGAGAAAGAGCGAGAGAGAGAGAGACAGAUGGAGAGAGACAGCAGCCGUCUGUCCUUCAGCAGGAGGUGA